UCUAAGCUUCGUUUCCAUCCGGGUCCUUCAGCCUCGUUCCCGGGCAGUAUAAAGUUUGCUGUCUCCUUUGUUCGCCCUCGUUGCGCAGUAGUGGCAGCGGCUUCUGCGUUCGGUUCUCGAGCUCCGCAGCCGCCGCUCGUGCUGAGCUGCUAGGAAUCCCCGUCAGCGAGCUCGUAGGAGCUUGAAACCAUCGUCGCGGCUCCGACUCACCGGUGAAAAAAAUGGUUGAAGCAGAUCGCCCAGGAAAGCUCUUCAUUGGUGGGCUUAAUACAGAAACAAAUGAGAAAGCCCUUGAAGCAGUAUUUGGCAAAUAUGGACGAAUAGUGGAAGUACUCUUAAUGAAAGACAGAGAAACCAACAAAUCAAGAGGAUUUGCUUUUGUCACCUUUGAAAGCCCAGCAGAUGCUAAGGAUGCAGCCCGAGACAUGAAUGGAAAGUCUUUAGAUGGAAAAGCCAUCAAAGUGGAACAAGCCACCAAACCAUCAUUUGAAAGUGGUAGACGUGGGCCACCUCCACCUCCAAGAAGCAGAGGCCCUCCAAGAGGUCUUAGGGGUGGAAGAGGAGGAAGUGGAGGAACCAGGGGACCUCCCUCACGGGGAGGGCACAUGGAUGAUGGUGGCUAUUCCAUGGAUUUUAACAUGAGUUCUUCCAGGGGACCACUCCCAGUAAAAAGAGGACCACCACCACGAAGUGGGGGUCCACCUCCUAAAAGAUCUGCCCCUUCAGGACCAGUUCGCAGCAGCAGUGGAAUGGGAGGAAGAGCUCCUGUAUCACGUGGAAGAGAUAGUUAUGGAGGCCCACCUCGAAGGGAACCCCUGCCCUCUCGUAGAGAUGUUUAUUUGUCCCCAAGAGAUGAUGGAUAUUCUACUAAAGACAGCUAUUCAAGCAGAGAUUACCCAAGUUCUCGUGAUACAAGAGAUUAUGCACCACCACCAAGAGAUUAUACUUACCGUGAUUAUGGUCAUUCCAGUUCACGUGAUGACUAUCCAUCAAGAGGCUAUAGUGAUAGAGAUGGCUAUGGUCGUGAUCGUGACUAUUCAGAUCAUCCAAGUGGAGGUUCCUAUAGAGAUUCAUAUGAGAGUUAUGGUAACUCACGUAGUGCUCCACCUACACGAGGGCCCCCGCCAUCUUAUGGUGGAAGCAGUCGCUAUGAUGAUUACAGCAGCUCACGUGACGGAUAUGGUGGAAGUCGAGACAGUUACUCAAGCAGCCGAAGUGAUCUCUACUCAAGUGGUCGUGAUCGGGUUGGCAGACAAGAAAGAGGGCUUCCCCCUUCUAUGGAAAGGGGGUACCCUCCUCCACGUGAUUCCUACAGCAGUUCAAGCCGCGGAGCACCAAGAGGUGGUGGCCGUGGAGGAAGCCGAUCUGAUAGAGGGGGAGGCAGAAGCAGAUACUAGAAACAAACAAAACUUUGGACCAAAAUCCCUGUUCAAAGAAACAAAACAAAAAGUGGAAACUAUUAUCAUAACUACCCAAGGACUACUAAAAGGAAAAAAAUUGUUACCUUUUUAAAAUUUCCUGUUAAGUUCCCCUCCAUAAUUUUUAUGUUCUUGUGAGAAAAAAGGAAAACAUGUUUAAUUUUAUUUGACUUUAUGACAUUGCUUUCAACAAGCAAAUGUUAAAUGUGUAAGACUUGACUUGUUGUACUAGUGUUGUAAUUUUCCAAGUUAAAAGUGUCCCUAAAGGCCACUUCCUGAUUUUUCCCAGUAAAUGAGGCAAGCAUUUCUAAGAUCUUCCACAAACAUCUAGCCAUCUAAAAUGGAGAGAUGAAUCAAUCUGCCUAUACAAACAAGCUAGCUAUUAGAGGGUGGUUGGGUAUGCUACUUCUAGGAUUUCAGGGUGUCUUCAAACUGAAAUCUCAAUGUUCUCAGUAUGAAAAACCUGAGAUCAAAUGCCUAUGUAAGGAAAGUACUAUUCACCCAGUAAACCCAAAACAAAUGGAUAAUGCUGGCCAUAUUUUGCCUUUCUGACAUUUCCUUGGGAAUCUGCAAGAACCUCCCCUUUCCCCUCCCCCAGUUAGACCAUUUAAGUGUGUGUUAAACAACUACAGAAUACUAAAUAAAAAGUUUGGCCAAAACCAACCAUGAAGCUGCAAAGGGUGCUUGCUCUUACUGUUUCAAAUUUUUGCAACUCUGUAGUGUCUCACUUUUAAAGGAACAGCUUGAUUGCAAAGGAGAAAAUAGAUAAGCAAUGAAGUUAUCUCCAACUUCCUAAAGGCUUAUGACUUCUAAAAAGUGAAUCUAUCAGCAUUCCACAUCAGAUUUAAAGCAUCAAAUGCCUGUGAAACAGCAAAGAUGGUAAGCAAAGCAAACUAGUUUUUCCGUCUAAGUCGAAAUUGAACACUUAAGCCUUCCUCAUAGUACAGUAAAACAUACUGUACCUCAUGGCAAUGGAAAUGCCCGCUAGAUUAAAAAAAAAAAACUUUUGGAAAAGCAAAUGUUCAAUAGCAUAUUAGAAGUCCUCCCAAUUCAACACUUGGAUUUUUUUAAGCAUGUAUGACACUUAAAGGCCUUAAUACAGCUGUUAUCCAAUAGCAACCUGGGGCUCGGGAGGGGGUAUUUUUUUUUAAGUCUAUUUUUGAUGAAGACCUUUAAACAUGCUUCACGUGUUUAACAUUUUUCAUUUUUUUUCAAUUAGUCUUUUGGUCAAUAUAGAAACAUUUUUUUCAAUUAGUCUUUUGGUCAAUAUAGAAACAUUUUUUUCAAUUAGUCUUUUAGUCAAUAUAGAAAUGGCUUAAGUUUGGGGUCUCCCUCUUUUACCCCUGUAAGCCAUUGCAAACUUGACAUUUAGUUGGAUGCCUGACUUGCUUUUAGUUCUAUGAAACUACACUGUAUGGAGAAAAUCUAUUGCAAGUGGUCUUUAAAAAGCAAAACCUGAGGCAGCAUGACCCAGGUCCAGCCAUGAAGUUGAAAAAGAUGCUCUUGAAUAUAGUAAACUUGAAGACCUCCAACUAAAAAUCCUUGUACUGCACUUAUUCCUUCAAAUAAGUUUUGUCCGUUCAACUUAUGGAUUUAACGUGGCAGUGCACCAUUGGAACAGAAUGAGAAUCCAUAAGCCAUGCAACUUAACCAUUUAAGCCAUUCCAGUCCAUCCCAAGCCAGUGAAUCUUCCACCACUUAAGAGAAGUAGUAGAACAUGAAAUAUUAAGCUACAAGUCUGAACUUGCCUUUUCUUUCUGGAAAAGAGGGCAGUUAUAGGCAAGUUGUAAAAAAUUUCUUUAAGAGAGAUAACUAGUUUUCAUCUAUUUAACUUUUACAGGUUGAGAAUUAUGGUCAUUAUGUUCAUGGAGUGCUGAUUUAUUCACAGUAGAUAAAGCUGGCAGCAAGAGAAAUCAAAUGCUAAGAGUUGUUGAAGCAGAAGAAUGCUGAUUUGUCGAUCAGUCACAACAGUUGCAUAAGCAGUGCUGUCAGAAUUGGUUUGGUGCAGGCAAUAGAUUUUGCCUUCAAGGGUUCCUGUGGAUCUGAAGAGGGCAUCAGUUGUUGAUUAACACUCUUAACUAGGGAGUGGUAGUUACUUAAAAUAAGUAAUUGACCAAAUGGAGAAAGGGAAGCAGUUAAGGAAAUUGGUAAGUGAAGAUAGUCAGGAAGUUCUUGUGGUUCGUCACAUAGAUUUUACAGCUUUGGCUUUCAUUUUGUUUAGCUAAAGUCAUAGGGGUAACUCUGCAAUUUAGAAUUUAAGUUUAAUUAGAAAAAUGAUGGACAUAAGUGGUAACUCCUUAUCCUUAUCCGGUAAAGUGUCUGAUUUUCUGCAAGUGAAACAUCUUGUGUUAGUUUAUCUAGAAACAGGGUUUAAUUGUAAAAAAAAACCAAGAGGGAGUGACGUCUGCAAACAAGCACACUUAAAACUGGAAACAAAACUAGGCCACUUGGCUUUGUUGUACUAUAUUGUUUUGUAAGCCUACUUUGCCCUCCUACCUCCUAAUCUUGGAAACAUGAUACAACUUUAUUACUUUGGAAAUGAGAGCCAAUAAUAUUGUUGGCCAGUGUUCUGGAAGGAAACAGAUUUGAGUUGUUGGGUUAGAGGAACUAACUCAAACGAGAUUUUUUUGUGUGUGGUAAUUACGGCACUACUAUCAUGUUUAACAUUUGCAAUUGGGGAAAAUGAUCCAAAAAAUUUAACCCUCAUUUGACAGACUUUUCAAAUCACAGACCAUGAGGGUAUUGACCAAAUUCAUAUAGUUGUUGCACUUCCAUAGUUGUCUUAGCUCAGUCCUUCCAUACUCUAAUUACUUGGAUUAAUGCUUCUGUGAGGACAUUUUGGCUCUUGAGAUUUUGUUUAGCUAGCCUUAAAAUAGUGUAGAAUAUAGAGAUUAAAUAGUAAAUGUGAAUUCCAAAUUCAAAGUAAGGAGUAUGCUUAAAUGACCAGGUACUUGUUGGACAAAUAGUUUACUGACCUAGCAGGCUUAUGGAAAAAGAAUCGCUCUUGAUUCUUCUGGCUUUAUACUGGUUGUAAAGGAAACAGAAUGAUACAGAAAUGUUUUCCUUGUUUAACUGGUAGUUGAACAUAGAACUUAGGUAUUAUAGAUCACUUCUUUUUGGAAUGUUUUGUAUUGAAACUUAAUAAAACUUUAACAUCUU